AUGAGCGUAACCGGCAUGGAUAUGAGCACAGAUCCAGAGGUUACCUUCAAGGACCACAAGUCGGACAGUAUUAGACCUGAAGACUCAGCUAGCCAAAGGGGGAGUAGCACCACCUCGGCGAGUUGGAGGAUACGGGCGAAGGCUAAGAGAGCUGCCUUAGCCGCAGAAGUAGCAGCUCUUAAAGACCAACAAGAACUUGAGAUAGAAGAAAUGAAGCUUAAACAACGGAAAGCUGAGCUUCUUCUGAAGACUAGAUUAAAGAUCGCUGAAGCAGAGGAAACUGUAUAUAGAGGUACUCUGUCCAUAGAACAGAAGACUGAGCCUUCCAAGUCUGAACCUUCCCAGCAAGGUUCAUCAACUCCUGCUAGAAUGAAGCCAGCAAGUGAAAACCAGAUACUGACCAGUCAAGAUGAAAAGAUAACUGGUAAGAUGGACUCUGACAUCUUACAUCAUCUACAGCAAGGACAGAGACAACAUCAACAGCUGUUGGAAGCCAUCACAAUUUCAAGUACCAACAUUAUGUCUUUUGAUGGUAACCCGUUGAAUUUCUUUGAGUUCAUACGAUCAUUUGAUAGUGUCAUUGGAAAUUCGUCAUUGGACAAUAACGCCAAGCUGCUCAAGUUGUAUCAUCUUUGUACUGGAGCUGCCAAAGACAUAAUCCAAUGUUGUCUCAUGAUGCAUCAAGAUGAUGGGUACUUUCAUGCCAGAACGCUUCUGAUGGAUCGCUUUGGAAGUGACCAUAAGAUCAGUGACGCCUGGAUUAGGAAGGUCACGGAAGGUCCAGUUAUUCAGAGCAAUCCUAAACAUCUGAGGGAUUUUGCUGAUCAGCUAAAGACCUGUGCUGAAACUUUGAUGGCCCUUGGAAUGCUUCACGAGAUGAGCAGCAGAAGUGAGCUGGUGAAGGUCAUUGAACGUUUGCCAUUCCAUCUGAAGAGCCGGUGGUUGCGUUUCGUAAAGACCAUCAGGGAUAGUGGCAGACAGCCUAACAUCCAGCAUGCAGUUGAAUUCAUCACCGGCGCAGCUGAUGAACUCAAUGAUCCUGUAUUUGGAGCCUUACUUAUGGGUGGACCAAAGAAUCUAGGAAGUACAAGGAGUGUAAAGGAAAGAACCGUGUCAGGUAGAGGUCAGGCAAGCAUGUUUACUACCUCUGUGAAUUCAUCGACCAAGAACUGCAUCAUGUGUCAGGACAGCCAUGACCUUUUCGGUUGCCAGGAAUUUAAAGCCAUGGAGCCUGAUGAACGCUUUGAUUUUGCCUUCAAGAACAGGCUUUGUUUCAAUUGCUUGUUACCUGGUCAUGUAUCCUCAAAGUGCAUCCUUAAUAGGACCUGCUCAGUCAAGGGGUGCAAUCAAAGGCAUACCAAGUUCCUCCAUACCGGGAGAAAUCCUACACCUUGGAGAACAAGAAGGGAAUCGAAUGACUCAUCAACUCAAACUGACUAUGAUGUAGCAUCUCAUGCUAGUUCCAAUGCCACGAGGGCCGGAGGUUGCAGAGUAGCCCUUCCAAUAAUUCCGGUUACUGUCAGUGCUGCAGAUGGUGGAGAAAGCAUUGAGACCUUAGCUUUGCUGGACCCUGGUUCUACGAACUCAUUCUGUCUGCAAGAAUUAAUAGAUGAGCUCCAGACAAAGGGGAAAAAGAAAGUCAUUCAGGUCUCAACACUGGAAAGCCCUAAAAGAGCAAUGGAAUGCGAAGCCGUCAAGUUGAGGGUUAAAGGUUCCACAGCAGACAAGAUGAUAGAGGCUGAAUUUCUAACUCGUCCCAGCCUGAACAUCAGUACUGCAAACAUGGCCAGGGAGGAAGAUAUUUCGAAAUAUCAACAUCUUUGUGGUAUUGAUCUUCCAGUCACGGGGAAGAAUCAAGUAACCAUACUGAUUGGACAAGAUGUGCCUGAAGCCCUGAUGCCACUUGAAAUCAAAGCAGGUAAACCUGGUGAAGUUUAUGCUGUCAAGACAAUACUUGGAUGGACGUUAAAUGGUCCACUUGGAAAUGGAAGUAGUUUACAGAGUUUUCAAGCCUCGUCUAGCUUCAUCUCUGAUGAUGGUAACAUGCUCCUGGAAGAACAAGUUCACAAAUUUUGGAAGCUAGAAGGGACAGAAUACCUUCAUGAUAAUGAAAGGAGCAUGUCCAUCAAUGAUCAGAAAGCCUUGAAGACCUGGCAGGAAGGAGUUUGCAGAGAUGGUGAUCACUAUCAACUUCCCAUUCCAUUUCGGAAGAGGCCUGAAGAUCUGCCGAAUAACAUCCAAGUUGCACUAACCAGACUAGAGUCACUGAAGAGAAGACUGGUAAAGGAUGAUUGUCUACAUGCUAAGUACAGUGAAGGAAUGAGGUCUUUGUUGGAUGAAGGGUAUGCUGAAGAGGUUAAGGACCAGGAUCUUGGGAAGGAUGAAGGAGUCUGGUACUUACCGCAUCACCCGGUAUUCAAUCCAAAUAAACCAGAAAAGACAAGAAUUGUCUUCGAUUGUGCUUCCAAGUACAAUGGAACUUCUUUGAACGAUGCGGUACUUCAAGGUCCAGACUUGACGAACAACCUUCUUGGUGUUUUGCUCAGAUUUCGCCAAGAACCUAUAGCCAUUAUGGGAGACAUAAGGGCAAUGUUUCACCAAGUUAGAGUCCCACCAGAGCAGAGAGACUUUCUUCGCUUCCUGUGGUGGCCAGAAGGAGAUCUUAUCCAACAUCCUAAGGCUUACAGGAUGUGUGUUCACCUAUUCGGUGGGACAUGGAGCCCAAGUGUUUGUAGUUGUGCUCUUAGACAUACAGCUGAAGAAUUCAAGACCGAAUAUUCUCCAGAGGCAGUGGAUGCUGUCGGUCGUAACUUCUAUGUAGAUGACUGUCUCGUCUCAUGCAAAACAGAAGAUGAUGCAAUCAAGCUUGUAGCUGAACUCAUGACGCUGCUCAAGAGGGGUGGAUUCGAAGUGACCAAGUGGAUAAGCAACAGCCCAGCUGUGAUCAAGUCUGUACCUUUGGAAGAUCGAGCUAAAAACAUUGUGGGACUUGAUUUGAAUCGGGAUGCCUUACCAGCAGAAAGGGCACUUGGAGUAACAUGGGAUGUAGAACUGGACUGCAUCACCUAUAAGAUCACCCCCAAGGGCAAACCAGUAACGAGGAGGGGAAUUCUGAGUGAGAUAGCAUCAAUAUAUGACCCCUAUGGAUAUGCCAGUCCAUUCGUCUUGGUUGCCAAGAGAAUCCUCCAGGAUCUAACUGCUCUGAAGCUUGGAUUUGAUGACCCAGUUCCAGAUGAACACCAUUCCAGAUGGCUAAAAUGGAAAGAAUGGCUUCCCUUAAUGAGCAACUUCAGAGUGAGCAGGUGUUUCAGACCCUUUGAUGAUGUGAACGAGUACCAACUGCAUCAUUUCUGUGAUGCAUCUGAGUCGGCGUACGGUGUAGUGUCUUACCUGCGCAUGACCAGUGAAGGAGGACAAGUCCAUUGCAACAUAAUUCUGGCUAAAGCAAAAUUAGCACCUCUGAAGAAGAUGACAAUACCUCGCUUAGAGCUCAUGGCGGCAGCACUUGCAGUCACAAUGGAUAGAAAGAUCAGAAAGGAGCUGGACUUUCCCUUGAAUGAGUCUGUCUUUUGGACAGAUAGCACAAUAGUCCUCCAUUACAUCCGCAGUGACAACAAGCGCUUUCGGACAUUUGUGGCUAACAGGAUAUCUACCAUCCGUGAUGCCUCGGAGCCCAGGCAGUGGAGAUAUGUCAACACAGAAAAGAAUCCAGCUGAUGAUGUAUCAAGAGGUCUAACGCCAGACAAGCUCAAUGGCAGAUGGCUCAAGGGACCAUCCUUCCUAUGUGCUGAUGAGAUGGAAUGGCCUAUCGCUCCAGCUGAUCUGCAAGUGCCACCAAGUGAUCCAGAAAUCAAACCACCUACAGAAAAUGCCAGUGCAUUCACAACUCAGUCAGAGGAGAAGUCAUUGGAAAGGCUUAUCAACACAUAUUCCUCCUGGUAUAAGCUGAGGAGGGGAGUGAGCUGGCUAUUGAAGUUCAUGCAGUGGUUGAAACUCAAAGGAAAAACCCAGACAGAGCAAGAGCUGAGGGACUUCAAAAGGAUCAGUUACGACGACAUGCAGAAAGCAGAGAAGAGAAUUUUGCAUUACGUGCAAAAAUGUUUCUUCCAGAAGGAGAUUGAAUCAUUGACCGAUUCAGAUGGUAAAGUGACAAAGACAAGUCAACUCUACAAGCUGGACCCUAAGAUAGACGAGGGUCUUCUUAGAGUUGGAGGAAGAUUGGAGAGAUCAGCUCUACCAUUAGAAGCUAAACACCCAGUCGUCUUACCCAAGGGAAGUCACGUGUCAGAUCUGAUCUUGAGAGAUGUUCAUGUAAAGGCAGGGCAUAGUGGAAGAAAUUAUGUCCUUUCUGUGCUUCGUGAGUAG